CCCUCCGAGCCGCUGAUUUUUUAUUUAUUUUUUUUUUUUUUUUUUCCCUUUUCUCCUCUAUUUUUUUAUUUUUUUUUUUAAAAAUUCCCCAAAAAAAAAUUAAAAUUAUGGAGCGGGAAUUCCCUCGGAGCAAAUCUCGGCUGCCCUCGCUGCUCCUGGCGCUGCUGGGGCUCGGCCCAGAGCUGCUCUUUGGCCAGUCCCGCGCCCCUCCCCGCCAGCUGAACGCCGUCCUGGGCGGCUCCGUGCUGCUGUCCCCAAACCCGACAGUCCCCAGAUGUCCCCAAAUGUCCCCAAAUGUCCCCAAAUGUCCCUUUGGUGCCAUUUCUGUGUCCCCAGAGCUGCUCUUUGGCCAGUCCCGCGCCCCUCCCCGCCAGCUGAACGCCGUCCUGGGCGGCUCCGUGCUGCUGUCGCCGGCGCUGGCGCCCAACGCGUCGGUGAAGGAGAUCGAGUGGAGCUUCUCGGGGGGCUCGGGGGCCACCAUCCAGGUGGCCGAGGUGGCCGCGGGGCGCUGGGAGCGGCCGGACCCGCGGGACCGGUUCGGGAGGCGGCUGGAGAUGUUCAACAGCUCGGCCCUGCGGCUGCGGGAGCUGCAGCGCGGCGACAGCGGCGUGUUCGCCGCCAGGAUCAAACUGCAGCCGGCCCUGGUGGAGGACCAGGCCUUCAACCUCACCGUCUACGAGUCGGUGCCCAGCCCGCGGACGCGCAGCCAGCUGCUGGCCAGCACCCUCGAGUGGUGCAACCUGACGCUGCAGUGCCAGGGCAGCGGCCGGGGCGCGGUCAAUGUCACCUGGCGGCGCGACAGCCUGGCCUGGGGCGAGCUGGGCACGGGCUGGCACCGCCUGUCCCCCGACGGCACCACCCUGCGCGUGGCGCUGCCACCCGCGGCCACCAACGUCACCUACACCUGCACCGUCAGCAACCCCGCGGACCGGAAAGUGGCGCGGUUCGAGCUGCAGGAGCUGUGCCAGGGCGGAGGCGGUCCCUCUGCGUUCUCCACCUCGGGCUACGUGGUGCUGUCUCUGAUCCUGGUCGCCGUGAGCCUCGGCGGCGCCUUCUGGUGCUGGAGGGUGAACAGCGCCAAGGCGGCCGCGGCGGCUGCCACGCCCACGGCGCCGCCCGAGGAGAGCCCCGGGGAGCCCCAGUUCAGCGACAUCGUCUGCAGGAGCCCCCCCGAGGGCAACGACCAGGUGGGGACCCCAAAACCCGCGGGGGGUCCCCAGAAAAACCGAAAAAAAGGUCCCAGCCCCCCCGAGGCCCCCCAGGAACCCCAAAAAUCGGAGAGCAGCCCCCCCAAAACCCCCAAAACCUCCCCGGGGGGCGAGGAGCAGGGGCAGAGAGCCCCGGAGGACACGGCCGAGGAGGUGACUUAGGCCCCGCAGCGCCGGGAGCUCCUGGAAGGGCUGAGCAGCGUCGUGUGCCAAACCCCGACCCCAAAUCCCGCCCCAAAACCGCCCGGAGCGCCCCAAAACCCGCGGGGCCCCCCAAUUCCUGCCUGAGACUCUUUUGGGGAGGGGGAUCCCGAUCAGAGGCGGCGGGGGUGGAAAUUUGGGGGGUCCCCGGGGGAUUUUGGGGGUCCCCGCAUGUUUUGGGGUGUGAAGAUCCCCCUGGCCCCACAAACGGACAAAUUUCACUUUUCCCGACCCCAAAAUUUUCGGGUUUCUCCUCAAUUCACUGCCUGAGAUUUUGGGGAGGGGGAUCCCGAGGGUGGGAUUUUGGGGGGUCCCUGGGGGAUUUUGGGGGGUCCCUGGGGGAUUUUGGGGGUCCCCGCAUGUUUUGGGGUCAAGGAAUCCCCACAAACCCGAAUUUCCCCCUCCCGACCCCAAAAUCUUCGGGUUUCUCCCCAGUUCACUGCCUGAGACUAUUUUGGGGAGGGGGAUCCAGGCCGGGGGUCCCUGGGUGCUCCCCGGGAAUUUUGGGGUGUCCCUGAUUGGUCCCCGCAUGUUUUGGGGUCAAGGAAUCCCCACAAACCCGGAUCUCCCCCUCCCGACCCCAAAAUCUUUGCGUUUCCCCCCAAUUCCUGCCUGAGACUCUUUUGGGGAGGGGGAUCCCGAUCAGA